UGGGACUCAGUGAUAUCUAUGAUAUAAUACUUACGACAAAAAACCAUGUUGUAUAAUAUGAACAUUUCAUCGCUGCAGAAUUAAGGACUUUUCAUUAGUUAAUUUAUUCAUAAGGUUUCAGAGGUGCAUGUUCUAGUGUUAGACAAUGACCGCGGAGACACUACGCUCUCCAAACUCUACUGCUUCUGAAGGAUCGUCCCAGCUUCGAGUUCAAGUUCCCAUGCAAGGUGGUGUUACUGGCGAGAUCCGAAGGCCGUUUCUUACGGGUCAAGGAUUCAUCAAUGUCUCGGCUCCGAAACCGAGCAACGUCCCAUCAUGGAAAGGACCCGGCUCUUUGAGCAGCGACUACUCCCCAUCCUCUUCACUUCCCGCGGAGCGAAAUGGUACAGACGAUCAACCUGCCGAAGACCAGCCUGCUGACAACAAGAAGGACAAGACAAAAAAGAAGAGAUAUACCAAAUCACGCAGUCGGCUCAGGAAUCCCGGGGCUGUCAUCAAGAUCAAAAAGACGAGACGACUGAAAGCCAACGACAGGGAGAGGAAUCGUAUGCACAAUCUGAACUCAGCCUUAGACAGGCUCAGAUGCGUCUUGCCAAAUUUUCCCGACGAGACAAAACUGACCAAAAUCGAAACCCUAAGAUUCGCUCAUAAUUACAUUUGGGCACUGUCCGAGACUCUUAAAAUGCUUGAUUCCAAAGGCAUCAAGCCAGAUGGCUUUCUCGGAGACGCAUCCCUUGAUAACUCUUCAAGCAUGGAUGUACAAGCGCCACCCUUAUACGGUUACUGCUCAGCACCCAUCAUUCCACCCAGCCCCGCAUGGUCUUCUGCAGAGUCUCCACAUCCUACCAGUUCUUCUUCAGUUCAAAUGUCGUCAUACACUACGUCAGACUUUUCUGAUUCUUCCUGUUCGGGUUCCGAGUCUAGCAAUAGUUUCAUCAAAUAUGAAUCAUUGUGACGAAAUAAGACUUUUAUUUCUGCGGGAGACUUUCUAUCGCUUAGAAAUACGUAAAUGCAAUACUUGGUUUGAAUUUCUGGUGGCAUGGAACUCUACACAAAUUCAAUUAGAUUUUCAGAUGAUUUUGUGUUUUUUGACUGUUUUGCAAAAUGUUGAA